CUGUGCAGCUACCUCUGAGCUGAUCUCUGCUUUCAAUCUCCGGCCAUUGCCUGAUCGGAGGAGAAUCCGGAGUUCGUUUUCCGAUUUGAAUUCAUCGUCUAAUGGCGUCUUCCAUGGCCGCAGUUGGAGCUCUGAGACUUCCGGCGUCGUCGUCGUCUUCGUCGGCGAACGGUGGUUCUAACCGUGGAAGGAGAAGCGGCCUUCGGAGCCUCUCAUUCGCUGCGUCUCACCUUUCCGGCGACAAGAUCGAGUUUAGAGCGACUGGUUUGGGCUCACGACGCGUUUCCGGUGGUGGAGCCGCUCCUCUGAUCGUCUCUCCUAAAGCGGUUUCUGAUUCUAAGAACUCUCAGACUUGCCUCGAUCCCGAUGCUAGCCGGAGUGUGCUUGGAAUAAUUUUGGGAGGUGGUGCUGGAACGCGGCUCUAUCCGCUCACUAAGAAGCGGGCGAAGCCUGCUGUUCCUCUUGGAGCGAACUACAGGCUGAUUGACAUUCCUGUUAGCAAUUGUCUCAAUAGCAACAUUUCCAAUAUUUAUGUCCUUACGCAAUUCAAUUCUGCUUCUCUUAAUCGUCACCUUUCCCGAGCUUAUGCGAGUAACAUGGGUGGUUACAAGAAUGAAGGAUUUGUUGAAGUUCUUGCCGCUCAGCAGAGUCCAGAGAAUCCAAAUUGGUUUCAGGGCACAGCUGAUGCUGUUAGGCAAUACUUGUGGCUAUUUGAAGAACACAAUGUUUUGGAAUAUCUGGUUCUUGCUGGUGAUCAUUUGUACCGAAUGGAUUACGAGAGAUUUAUUCAAGCACACAGGGAGACUGAUGCUGAUAUAACUGUAGCUGCAUUACCCAUGGAUGAAAAGCGUGCUACUGCAUUUGGUCUGAUGAAGAUUGAUGAAGAAGGACGCAUAAUUGAAUUUGCAGAGAAACCGAAGGGAGAGCAAUUGAAAGCAAUGAAGGUUGAUACUACUAUUUUGGGCCUUGAUGAUGAGAGAGCCAAAGAGAUGCCUUUCAUAGCCAGCAUGGGUAUUUACGUUAUCAGUAAGGAUGUUAUGCUGAACCUUCUUAGAGAAAAAUUUCCCGGAGCAAAUGAUUUUGGGAGUGAAGUUAUUCCUGGUGCAACUUCCCUUGGAAUGAGGGUGCAAGCUUACUUGUAUGAUGGCUAUUGGGAAGAUAUUGGUACCAUAGAGGCCUUUUACAAUGCGAAUCUGGGGAUCACCAAGAAGCCAGUACCAGACUUUAGCUUCUAUGAUCGUUCAUCUCCAAUCUACACCCAGCCUCGGUAUUUGCCGCCGUCGAAAAUGCUUGAUGCUGAUAUCACAGACAGUGUCAUUGGCGAGGGCUGUGUCAUCAAGAACUGUAAGAUUCACCACUCUGUCGUUGGCCUCCGAUCUUGCAUAUCGGAAGGUGCAAUCAUAGAAGACACGUUGUUGAUGGGUGCAGAUUAUUAUGAGACGGACGCUGACCGUAGAUCACUAGCAGCAAAGGGCGGUGUUCCAAUUGGCAUUGGCAGAAACUCUCACAUCAAGAGAGCCAUCAUCGACAAAAAUGCUCGCAUCGGGGAAGAUGUCAAGAUCAUAAAUGGAGACAACGUUCAAGAAGCAGCAAGGGAGACAGAUGGGUACUUCAUAAAGAGUGGGAUCGUGACUGUAAUUAAGGAUGCUUUGAUUCCCAGUAGCACUGUCAUCUAAAGCACUUCCCAACAAAGCACACAUAUUUUCCACUCAACUGGUGCCAUCCUCUCUCUCUCUUCCUCAAUUUUGAUUCUGCCUUGCCCACAUAUUGAUUUCAUAUUAUGUCUCUAUUUAACAUUCCCUUUGGUAGUAAAUGCAAAGUUUAGGAAGAGAAAUCACUCCACACUCCACACUCCACUAGCUACUGCUACACACUAGUUAUAAGUUAUAACUUUUGCUGUAAAUGUCCCCCUCCUCCUGCACUCAAUGAUUUUAUUGCCUUUUUUUCUACUUUUCUAAUAAUCACCGAUUAAUUAAACUCUAUUUUUCAAAAAA